AGAGGGCCCGAGACUGGGAUACACUGAGCGAGCCAUCCAGUCCUCUGCCAGACACCGGGAGGGAAAGAAUUUUUUUUUUCCAUAAGGAAAAACAUUUAAAGAACAACACGGACGCCUGUAUUUGAAAUCAAGAGAUAAUUUUUAAAACCAGUCUUUGGUGAAUUAAUGUUACAUUUUCACCAAAUCAUGACUGCGAUAGCAGUGUAUUGAUGAACGUAGACUACGGAACAUGACAAAGGAGCAUAACAUUCUCAGUUAUGAUGGAUGGAGUUGAGCAUGGGGUUAGAUAAGCUCUCCGUACAUCACAAACAUCAAGCCAAGAAAACCUGAGAGACGCCGUAUUUCUCUCAAGCCCCCUCCACGGACUCAACGGCGAGCAUUAAAUAAUAAGCGUGCAUGUGUGUUCCCGCCAUCAUGUCCCUUGCGUGGCGCGUGUGCUGGGUGACGGCGACGCUGGUGGUGACGGUGUGCGGGACGGUGACACCACAACAGAUGCAGCAGACGGAGGAUGACCCUGCUCCUGCUGACCCGCGCGGCCCUCGACAUACCGACGGCUUGCCUCUGCCCGUCCCCGUCCCAGUCAGGCACGAGGACCCAGUUGCAGUAGGUGGCGGGGUACAAGUGGGCAGCGCGGACCCCUCGCAGUGUCCUCCUUCCAUGCCCUUCGCGCCGGAGCUGUGUGUCGCCCCUGCCUGUCUCCAGCACCACCGCUGCCCCACUGGUCGUGCUUGCUGCUUCAACGGCUGCGUGCACACCUGCCUCCUUGCCGUUGAAAGCCCUCCAGUUAUUGACUGGAUCCAGGACACCAGCUCGAACAACCCCAUCUCAGAGGAGUCCCAGCCUGGCCUGCCCGUGCGCUAUGAGGACCCCGCGUUCGCCGAGGGCCGAGAGGAGAUGGUUCACCUGCCCGGGGGCUGCACGCUGUCUGGGAAGCAAUACGCCGAGCUGCAAACCUUCAUGGAGUCACCCAGCAUAGAGAAGUGCAUGUGCGAGAAGGGCGAGGUGGUCUGCUCCGUGAAGAUGUUCAAGUCAUAGCGUCCUGAGCCGGACUACGCUUGUCGCCCGGCGGAUGUUCGUCCCCACUACAUUGGCCCAUAUUCUGAAACACUUCGGCGCCGCACCUCCUAUACAUUCAAGAGGUUCCAGUUGAAAUUGUACUGGUUUUUAAGGGUAUUUUUACAACCCUAUUGACAAAUUAACGAUUUCUACAUUAGAAACUGGAUAAACAUUCUUGAGGACCCGGCUAAUCAUUUCUGUGGUCUUUGAAAAUAGUCGUGGUGAGAGAGCAAAGCGUUUCAAAAUACAGGCCAUUGACCGCCUCUGCACCAGCACACUAGGCCUGUCACAUCCCCUGCCACUCACCUGCGGCCUUCACGCAGGAGACAUCAACCACCACUCAGCUUCCCUCAAGUCCCUCCUGCAUCACUUCCACCCUCGAUUCCGUCAUGGAGGACAUGAUCUCUGUCUUGCCAACGCAACAAUAGCGUCAUUAUACGUAAUGCAGAAUGUGCCAUUAGUAGUAGUAGUAGUAGUAGUAAUAGUAGUAGUAGUAGUAGUAGUAGUAGUAGUAGUAGUAGUAGUAGUCGUAGUAACUGAUGUUGUUUUAGUGAUAGAGUUUUCUCACCAGUGCUCCAGCCAUUACAUGCAAGUGUGUAUUAUGAUCGACCAUUAAAAGACGGAUGGUUUAUUAUUUUCAUUACUGAUGCAGUACACGUAUAUGUUAAUUAUUAUCAAUAUAGUAUAUCAGUAUAUUUAUUUGUCGCUGAUGUACAUUGUCUGCACUUCGGCCGUGUUGGUACUGGGGCUUCCAUCUCUCCUCUCUUUUUGUACUAAAUCUGCCAACACCUUUCCAGUGAGAGGAGCAACAUAGGAAUAGCAAAAGGUAGAGCAGAGAUACGUUGAUGGUAAGAUAAGUUUUGCUACGGUAGCCUGGAACAGACGGGGUGCCGACAGAGAUAAGUGGUGAAGGUUAGUGGAGGCCUUUGUGUUGCUGUUAAAUAAUAGAGGCUGAUGAUGAUAAUGAAAGUUGUGUGUAUUAUUUAGUCGUAAUCUUUUGCUCACUAGAUGGCUCACUCAUCAUUCCUGGUGUUUGCAUUUCCCGGUAAAACCUUCAUACUGUGUUCGUAUUUUGUGGUAUAGCAACUUUUGACAAAGGUGCUCGUGUGUGUGCUGGAGUUCGUUGCUCUGGUGACGAACUAAAAGGAACUGCAUCCUCAAACACUUCGGAAUCUUUUCUUGGGAGCUUCCAUCAGGUUGUAGUAAAAGUUAUGGUGGUUUUCAAUGAUGUUUUCAUGAGUCUAGUGAUAGCUUCAUAAGAACUCCCCAUUAACAUCCAGGGUCGGCAUUAACCCCCAACCCUCCUAAAAAAAAAAAAAAAAAAAAAAAAAAAAAAAUUAUUUUUUCACAUCAAAAUUGAGUUCUAUAUCAUACUGAUAAAUAAGGUCUAUAUAUCUACAUAUACAUAAAAAACGUAAAAGUAGUCAAGCCUGACCUGUUCAUUUCCUGUAUAGUACAAGUUAACACAGACUUUUGUCCAACCGGACCAACCUGUAUCAGCAUGACCUAUACAAGUGUCUGUUCUUCAUUAAUAGAAAGUGUCAAACUUUAUCUAAGAUCUAACUCCCCUUGUGACUUCUGUCACCUAGCCAAAAACAUUUCCAAUAACUUUACUUCUUCAUUUAUUUCAACCUGAUGGCACCACUGCCAUCUCACCUAUUUCUAAAGCUGAACUCUUCACUCAAACCUUUGCUAAAAAUUUGGGUGAUUUAGGGCUUGUUCCUUCCUCUCCUUCAUCCUCUAACCACUUAAUUCUACCCAUGAAAACCCUUUGCAGUGAUGUUUUCCAUGCCCUCGCUGGCCUAAGCCAUGGGGGCCCCUCCUAUUGUUCUCUGAAACUGUGCCUCCGUGCUUGCACCUUGCCUAGUCAAACUCUUCCAACUCUGUCUAUCAACAUUUAUCUUUCCUUCUUGCUGGAAGUUUGCUUAAAUUCAGCCUUUUCCUAGAAAGGGUGACCAUUCUAGUCCCUCAAACUACCGUCUUAUUGCUUUAUUUUCCCGCCUCUCUGAAGUUUUGAAUCUAUCCUCAACAGGAAGAUUCUUAAACAUCUAUCACUUCACAACUUUCUAUCUGAUUGCCAAUAUGGGUUCCGUCAAGAGCGCUCUACUAGUGAUCAUUUGGCUUUCCUUACUGAGUCUUGGUCAUCCUACUUUUAGGGAUUUUGGUGAAGAUUUUGUUGUUGCCUUAUAUAUAUCAAGAGCUUUUAAUAGUGUGUGGCACAUAGCUUUGAUUUCCAAACUAUCUUCCUACGGCUUCUGUCCUUCUCUCUGUAACUUGAUCUCAAGUUUCCUUUCUGACCGUUUUAUUGCUGCUGUGGUAGACGGUCACUGUUCUCCUAAAUACAUUAACAGUGGUGUUCCCCCAGGGUUCUGCUCUGUCAUCUAUUUUCUUCCUAUUAUUCAUUAGUGAUCCUCUAAACCAAACAUCUUGUCCUAUCCACUCCUACGCUGAUGAUACCAGCCUGCACUUAUCCACGUCUUUUCGUAAGCGUCCAACCUUUCAGGAAGUAAACAGUUCUCGCAGGGAAGCCACAGCCUCUCUAAUGCAAAAAUCAACCAGCAUUUUCAAUCAUUCAUCCCUUUCUCUGGAAAACUCUGGAAUUCCCUGCCUGCUUCUGUAUUUCUAUCUUCCUAUGACCUGAACUCUUUCAAGAGGAAGGUUUCAAGAAAUCCUGUAAUUUCUGACUACCGCUUUCGACUCGGGGGACCAACACCUCAGUGCCUCCCCUAUCCUUUUAUUUAUUAAUUUACUUAUUAUUUUUGUUUUAUUAUAUUUUUGUUGCUCUUGGUCGGUGCCCUUCCUACAUGGAAAAAAAAAAAACUUCAAACGUUUUGUUUCACUCUAUAUUACUUUUUAAACGCUAACUUCAACUGAUUUACGAAUAAAUAUGAAGAAUAAACAAAAAUAAAUAAAACCCCCCCCCAAAAAAAAAAAAACAAUAAAUUCUCUAGCCCCCUCUUUUUCGGGUUUUUUUUUUUUCAAAGCCUGUUACCAUCAGAAAAAAAAAUAUUCAAGAGAACCUGAGUAGUCAUCUCUAUGGCCUUUGAAAACAGUCAUCGAGUCUAACUCUAAAGUGUUUGAGAAUACGAGCCUAUUAAGUGCCACACAUUGUGUUCUAGUGUUGGUUUACGUCCUUCUCGCGCGCGUGCUCGUACAGUGGCCACUGUCAUUUGCACGUUUUAUUUUGUAGGUUGUUCUAAGUUAUCUGAGUACCUGCCAUAUACUCAUUUCGCUUGCCAGGGAAUAGCUUUACUGAUGGUGGUGGAGCGCUUUGUGGCUCGAUUUUUUAAAUAUUUAGAAAUACGUAGUGUGUGUGAAAAGUGAAACACCGGGAGUGACAGAGACGGAGAUAUACAGACAACUAGACAGACAGUGUUUUAUGACACAAAAGAAAAAGAAAAUGAAAGUAAUAUGUAAGACUGUGAUUCUUCCCAAACACAUGCUUACUUUUUUUUUUUUUUUUUGUGUGUUUCAUGUAAGAAGUGUAAAAAGGUCCAGAACUUGCCAAAGUGUGUUAACACAUUGCCCUUGGAGUGUUAUAAGCCGCACCAACACGUGGGAGUCACACACGCCGGGCAGACUGUGAGCUCCUCGUGUGUUCUAACUUUCCCGCGAGUGGCGGGAGACGCUUCGUCGCGUCUUCGUGGCCGUGCACCAGUUGCAGCAUCACCAUCGUUGGGUGAGCAUCAUACAAUUUCCCACUGCCAUUUCUACCCCAUUGUACUUCCUGAGGUACACUACACACUUAUUUCGUGUUCGUGAAUUUUUCAUACUCAAAUGCAUAGGAGACUAAAGAGUUUACAUAGUUUUUUAAGGCAUGCAAUAAAUGCACUAUUAUGCUGUUAGAUUAAUAUAUGUAUAUACAGAAAUAAAACCUAUUACAAAUU